AUGGAAGCUGAGAAAAGGUCACUCGUUAAGGCUAAGGAGCCUUCCAUGACUAGACUAUUGGGAACAGAAAACGCCUUGCGGCUAUCUUCACUCCUCCAUCUCGGUCCUAAACUCUACCCGCUCAGUAUCAGCCUGUACCUUUUUUUCGCUCAGGAAGCAGACAACAUCAGAGAAGCGCCGAAAAACAAUCCGCAUUUCACCGGCACGAGUCGCAAAAGCCAGGGCCAAGGCGGUCCAACACCGGGAAGUAGUGUACUUGCGAAGAACAAACUGGUCAACGAUGUGGUUUACGAGAUACCACAAUCAUGA